AGGGGUCCUGAUAGGCAACUCCUCCCACACGUGGAUGCCGGUUUGCAGUAAGUUUCAUCAGAAAAGAAACUGAACCGGUUUUAUAACAAAAAGCAGAUCGGGGGAAAUCUGUAACUCAGAGAAAAUCAGGUUGAUCUGCUGCACACACAACUUAAGAAAGAGUCCUUUCCCUUUUUUAUUUUCCGUUCCGUUCUCCAGGAUGUCCACUCUCUACGUCUCUCCUCAUGCGGAUGACUUCCGCAGCCAGACCGUCCUCAUAGCUGCUGAGUUCACGCCCCCUUCAUCCAGACCCCGGGUCCAGACAGGGGGCGGAACCUCGCCGGCCACGCCCCUUCCCUCUCUGGUGACAGAUGGGGGGCUGGUCCUAGCGGGCGUGGCGUCCGUGGGCUACUUCCUGUGUCCGGAGAAGAUGGCCGGCAGUGGGCAGUGGGACUCCGCUCUGGUCAGGCAGUGGGUCAGUUUUGCGGAGAAUGAGGUCACUCCGGCUGCUUGUGCCUGGACCUUCCCUCUACUGGGAAUGCUUGAUCCCAACAAACAGGUUACGGAGCGUGCUCAGACAGAGCUGAAGAAGGUUUUGACUAUGCUGGACUCUUUCCUCAAACUCAGGACUUUCUUGGUUGGGGAGAGUUUGACCUUGGCUGACAUCACAGUGGCCUGCUCCCUGCUCCUGCCUUUCAAAUACGUGUUGGAGCCUGCUGUUCGGAAGCCCUUUGUCAAUGUGUCACGCUGGUUUGUGACGUGUGUCAAUCAGCCGCAGUUCAAGAAGGUGCUGGGAGACGUGAAGCUGUGUGAGAAGGCUGGGCAGGUAAAUCCAAAAACCAGCAGCCUGCAAUCAGGAGAACAGGUACCCAAAGUCCCAGGGCAGGAGGCCUCCGCUCCACAACCGAAAACCGAAGCCCAGCUGAAGAAAGAAGCCAAGAAGAGGGAGAAGAUGGAGAAGUUUCAACAGAAGAAAGAGAUGGAGCAAAAGAAACAGCAAUCCCAGACUGAGAAAAAAGCUAAACCUGAGAAAAAAGAAAAAAAGGAACUAGGGGUCAUAACCUAUGACCUCCCAACUCCGGCUGGAGAGAAGAAAGAUGUGCAGUGUGCAAUGCCAGACUCCUACAGUCCCCAGUAUGUAGAGGCAGCUUGGUACCCCUGGUGGGAGAAACAAAGCUUCUUCAAACCAGAGUACGGGCGGAAGAAUCUUUCUGAGCCAAACCCCAAGGGUGUGUUUAUGAUGUGUAUCCCUCCACCCAACGUGACCGGAUCUCUUCACCUUGGCCACGCCCUCACAAACGCCAUCCAGGAUUCGCUGACUCGCUGGCACCGAAUGCGGGGAGAAACCACCUUAUGGAACCCUGGCUGUGACCACGCUGGCAUUGCCACGCAGGUGGUGGUGGAGAAGAAGCUUUGGAGAGAGCAGAAGAAAAACAGACACGACCUGGGCAGAGACGCCUUCAUAAAGGAGGUGUGGAAGUGGAAGAACCAGAAAGGAGAUCGGAUUUACCACCAGUUAAAAAAACUGGGAUCCUCUCUAGACUGGGACCGAGCUUGUUUUACCAUGGAUACUAAAUUGUCCUACGCCGUGCAGGAAGCGUUUGUUCAAUUGCACGAGGAAGGGGUGAUCUAUCGGAGCAAGCGUCUGGUGAACUGGUCUUGCUCUCUCAACUCUGCAAUCUCCGAUAUCGAGGUAGAUAAGAAGGAGCUGACAGGUCGCACCCUCCUCCCUGUCCCAGGAUACAAAGACAAGGUGGAAUUCGGGGUUCUCGUCUCCUUCGCAUACAAGAUUGAGGGCUCUGAUGAGGAGGUGAUUGUCGCCACCACUCGUAUUGAGACUAUGCUUGGAGACACAGCCGUUGCAGUCCACCCACAGGACGCCCGAUAUCAGCACCUCAAGGGGAAGACAGUCGUUCACCCAUUCUGCGAUCGCAAAUUGCCUGUUGUGUUUGAUGAAUUUGUGGAUGUCAACUUUGGGACAGGUGCUGUGAAGAUCACCCCUGCUCAUGAUCACAAUGACUGGGAGGUGGGACAGAGGCAUGAUCUGGAGUUCAUCAACAUAAUAGAUGAGAACGGCUUCCUGAUCAACGUGCCCCCUCCAUUCCUGGGGAUGAAGAGGUUUGACGCCCGCAAGGCUGUGCUGGAGGCCCUGAAGCAGCGGGGGCAGUUCAAGGAGGUGAAGGAUAACCCAAUGGUUGUUCCUGUGUGCAGCCGCUCCAAGGACGUGGUGGAGCCCCUGCUCAAGCCCCAGUGGUACGUGAGCUGUGAGGAGAUGGGCAGGCAGGCAGCCGAGGCAGUGAGGUCAGGAGAGCUCAAGAUCAUCCCAGAGACACACCUCAAGACCUGGUUCAACUGGAUGGACAACAUCAGGGAUUGGUGUAUCUCCAGACAACUGUGGUGGGGUCAUCGCAUCCCAGCAUACUUUGUGACUGUCAACGAUCCCUCUGUUCCUCCUGGGGAGGACACAGAUGGAAAGUACUGGAUUAGCGGCCGCAGCAAGGAAGAGGCUCUGGAGAAGGCAGCGAAAGUGUUUGGAGUCCCAGCUGAGAAGAUCUCACUAAGACAGGACGAGGAUGUGCUGGACACCUGGUUCUCUUCAGGAAUCUUCCCUUUCUCCAUCUUCGGCUGGCCCAAUCAGACCCAGGACCUGCGUGUGUUCUAUCCCGGGACGCUGCUGGAGACUGGGCAUGAUAUCCUGUUUUUCUGGGUGGCCAGGAUGGUAAUGUUGGGUUUGAGACUGACCGGUAAACUACCCUUCAAAGAGGUGUAUCUCCAUGCAGUUGUGCGGGACGCUCACGGCAGAAAGAUGAGUAAAUCUCUGGGCAAUGUCAUUGACCCUCUGGACGUCAUCACUGGUAUUUCCAUUGAGGGCCUUCAUGCUCAGCUUGUUGACAGUAAUCUUGACCCAGUGGAAAUUGAAAAAGCUAAAGAAGGCCAGAAAUCGGACUACCCCAAUGGCAUCCCGGAGUGUGGCACUGAUGCCUUGAGAUUUGCCCUCUGUGCUUACACCAGCCAAGGUCGUGACAUUAACCUGGAUGUGAACCGGAUUCUGGGCUACAGACACUUCUGCAACAAGCUGUGGAACGCAACCAAGUUUGCAAUCCGAGUUCUCGGAGAAGACUUUAAACCUGUGGCCAAGGCUCAGCUGUGUGGCAGUGAGAGUCUUGCUGAUCGCUGGAUCCUGUCUCGCCUCUCUCUCGCGGUGCAGCUGUGCGACUCUGGCUUCAGGAGCUACGACUUCCCAGCAAUCACCACUGCCAUCUACAGCUUCUGGCUGUACGAGCUCUGUGACGUCUACCUGGAGUGCUUGAAGCCAGUGUUUGCAGGAAGUGAUGUUGCUGCCAUGAGCGUCUCCAGGAACACUUUGUACACCUGCCUGGACGCCGGGCUCCGCCUCCUCAGCCCAUUGAUGCCAUUCGUGAGUGAGGAGCUCUUCCAGCGGUUACCACGGAGAUCAGCGCAAGCCCCGCCCAGCAUCUGUGUUACACCGUAUCCAGAGGCCUCAGAGUUCUGCUGGAGGAGUGAGGAGACGGACAGGAAUAUGGAGUUCAUCAUGACCAUCAUCAGAACCAUCCGAUCCCUGCGAGCCGAUUACAACCUCACCAAAACCAAGGCUGACUGUUACCUGCAGUGUUUGGAUGCAGAGACUGUUGCUGUUGUGAAGCAAUACAGCCCCUAUAUCCAGACCCUGUCGUCCUCCCAGACUGUCAACACUCUGCAGAGUGGGGAGCCCCCUGCUGGCUGUGCUGUCGCUAUAGCAUCUGACAAGUGCACUGUCCACCUGCUGCUCAAGGGUCUGAUCGAUGCAGAGAAGGAGAUUUCGAAGCUGAGUGUGAAGAGAGGGGAGCUGCAGAAGCAGUUGGAGAAGCUGGCAGAGAGGAUGGGGAAGGCAGACUACAGGGACAAAGUGCCUCAGAAAGUGCAAGAGGGCGACGCUGAGAAGAUGAAGCAGAGUGAGACAGAGUUGCAGAAAGUCCAAGAAGCUGUGGAAAAUUUCAAACGGAUGCUUUAACCAAAAAAUUUCCAGGGACCCCGGAGGAGAACAGCGCCACUGCUGGAGCGGAGGAGAAAGUACACAUAAAUCAUAAAAUCAUAUAUAAAUCAACUGGGACAAGAUCCUAACAGUGCAAAACGAUACACCUUGCAAAAAAAAAAAAAAAAAAAAACAUUUUAAAAAUAAAAACUAUAGUCUGCUAAGCAUUGUUGUGUUGGUCUUCUGUAAUAAAAGGAAUAUAGGUCUUUUUAAACCCAAAUUUAUCCUUGAAAUUAAAUUGUAUGUAGGAUUUCUUAUUAGCUGCUAGUGCUAAUACGAGGUCAGUGAUAAUAGGCCCAGUUUUCCACUGUUCGCUCAUGAUUUAGCAUAUGGAAUUCAUUUAGCAAGGUCAAAGCAUCAUGCAUGUCCUGUUUCAUAUUUUAAAUGCUGCAUAACUUUAAUACUGGGGCAUUUUCAAUACUUAAUAAGGGAAAGUUUUAUAAAAAAAAUCCACUGAAUUUUAAUAGCGCUAAAAGAGAUGGUAGUUUAAAGUCUUGAUUAGAAGUCAUUAAAAAGGUGGCAUGUUGUAAGAGCUAAGAAAAUAAAGAAAUGCAUUUGAAAUUA